ACACACACACACACACACGUCACUGAGGUUCACACUCGGAUUCUCUCCUCCGGGUUGAAGGAUUUUUAUCUCCUGGUUCCUGACUGAGACUUUAUUUCACUUCAGUAUUCUGACCUGUGCUCCAUCUUGCAGUGAAGGAUGUCAAUGGCGGGUUUCAAGAAACAGUUUCAUAAAGCCAGUCAGCUACUGAGUGAGAAGAUAAGCGGCACUGAAGGGACAAAGCUCAAUGAAGAUUUCGUUGUGAUGGAGCGGAAAAUAGACAUCACCAGCAAGUCUGUUUUUGAGCUCAUAGCCAAAACCACAGAAUACCUCCAGCCAAACCCAGCAUCACGAGCCAAACUGGGAAUGCUGAACACCAUGUCGAAGAUCAGAGGACAGGUAAAGACCACCGGUUACCCACAGACAGAGGGGCUUCUGGGAGAUUGCAUGCUCCGGUACGGCCGUGAACUCGGAGAAGACUCUGCUUUCGGUUCUGCACUGCUGGACGUGGGCGAGGCUAUGAAACAAAUGGGCGAGGUUAAAGACUCGCUCGAUAUCAACGUGAAGCAGAACUUCAUUGAUCCGCUGCAGACACUGCAGGACAAGGACCUGAAAGAGAUUGCGCAUCAUCUAAAGAAGCUCGAGGGACGGCGAUUAGAUUUCGACUAUAAAAAGAAGCGACAGGGAAAGAUUCCUGACGAUGAAAUCAGGCAGGCUGUGGAGAAGUUUGAGGAGUCCAAGGAACUCGCCGAGAGGAGCAUGUUCAAUUUUUUAGAAAAUGAUGAAGAACAGGUGUGUCAGUUAGCAUCCCUGAUCGAGGCAGCGCUGGAGUAUCACCGUCAGUCCGCUGACAUCCUGAAGGAACUAAGUGGAAAAUUACAGAGCAGGAUAAACUCAGCAAGCAACAAACCUAAGAAAGAGUUCAUGCCAAAGUCUAUUAUGUCCAGCCUGAAUACCAUCAAUAGCAAUCAGCAGAAUGGCGUCUCCCACACUUCCUCUCUAAAAUCCACAGCUGAAUACAUCAAUUAUCCACCUCCUAUCAACCCAGAAUGGCCUGAAAGACCCAGAGGGGACAGUCACGUGUAUGAACAGGCAACCGAUCAAGAUUACUUCGAACCCGACACAGAGACGGAGCUGCACAUGGACCAGCCGUGCUGCCGCUCGCUGUACGACUUUGAACCCGAGAACGAGGGCGAGCUCGGCUUCAGGGAAGGAGACAUCAUCAUCCUCACCAAUCAGAUCGACGAGAACUGGUACGAAGGGAUGAUCAACGGCGAUUCGGGCUUCUUUCCCAUCAACUACGUCAAGGUCCUAGUGCCCCUACCGCAAUGAGGCUUGUAACACUGACUCUGCACGAGAGACCCACCCUAUGGAAGCGUCCUCUUUUCACUGCUUUCUUUUUCAGCUUCUCAUAGUAGUGAGUCAAGACAACCGGAAUUGUAUUAAAAUCUCGAUGAGUACAGAACCGUCUCAAAAGAUUGAACAAGUCCAGUCAUCUUGAUCCAUUAUUUCUAGACAUUUAGUGACCUGGAUGCCUGAAAAAAAAUAUUUUUAAGUAUUUAUUUCUCUUUUAUAUGCAGUAUCCUGUUCGGCUUUUGAUUUAGCCUUUGACAUUUGUUCGACCCGUUUUUUUGUUUUUUUUUCAGUCUCGAUAAUUUUUUUGUCUUUUUGCACAGUUUUUUACAUUUUUUUUAAUAAUAUGUAUGUGGUUUAGCUUAUAUGUGAAUGCACUGAGCUUAAACGUGACCGAAACCCAAUUUAUAAAACGUAAGGAUCUGUACCUCUACUCAUGGGAACGUUUAUAUCUCCUCAAGUACUUAAUAUCCGCACCUCUCUUGCCCUUGUUUUCUGUUCCCAUGUGAGUUAUUGAGAUUGUGUGGAUUCACGACAUCAGUAAUGAGCGUUGUAUCGUAAACAAAGCGGUUUAAAGAACGAGGUGGGCGUAUGGUGUGCCAAAACAUCACACCAUAAUUCUUCUCAAUUCACAAAUCGUCUACUUUUUGAAGCGGCAAAUUGAAGGACUCAACAAUAGAUAUAUUUUUUUAAAUGUGGGUGGCAAUUCGUGGAUGUUACUGUAACAGUGGAGAGAGUAGGUCAGUCAAAGUUUGGGUUUCUCAACCGACCCCGUUUUAAAGGACCAAAAUUCUUGCUGUAAACAAACCAAAAAAAUAUCUGUAAACAUAAACAUGCACUACCGGGGUUCUGAUUACUUAAUGUCUGUUAAUGCGAUGAGACUGUUUCCGUGCUCUGCAGAAAGAAUACAGUCAGAAUACAGAAUACAUUUCUGCAAAAUAUCUAAUAAAUAAUGAAUAAUAGUGUUUCUAGCUGGGAAACACGA